AUGGCGAACCGUGGUCAAAUACCGUGGAGAAAAUGUGGAACCGAAAGUCUUGGUUCAUCCCCAGGUCUAUCCCGUAAAAUACCCACCCCUGAGACGUCACAUACCGCCCCUGUGACUCCUUUACAUGAUGGAAAUCGACGGCGUUCUCCACUGGGCAGUGCCGGUCGGCGCGCUAAGGCAACCUCAACCCCUCAGCUUUUAGAAGCUCCCAGCUCAGAAAACAGGAAAUGGGCUGAAACCGUUGACCAUUCGAGCGAUUUUUACCUUAAUCCUUCUGGGGCUAAAGAUCUGGGAUCUCGUCGAGUUAUAUCAGGAUCGGCAACGGAGAGCGUUCUGCAGAAGUUCCGGAAAACUUUCUCGCUGCGUUUCCAGAAAAAGGGCAGCAAGGAGAGCUGCAACUCGGAUACUGGCGAGACUCUCUCGGAACUACUAGGAGAGCCCUCGGAGGAAGAAUCGUCGCCCCGUCACGUGCCGUCUGCCGCCUCGUCCACGUGUCAGAUCGAUUCGAAAGAUGAACACUCCGAACAAAAAUACAAGUUCGGUCCCCUUAUCUGGCGUGGCAGUAAAGAAAGGAAGAAAUUAAACAAAGCCGCAAGGAACGCAAAAUGCAACAGCGGAGACAGCGGCAUACAAAUCGAGAUGGUGCCCAGCUGUGGGGGUGCAGGUGACAGUUCCGAAUCGCACGACACAGACCCACCAGGUGACGAAUUCGACAAUCCCCCAGCUAUCAGAAGGCGACCACCGCUUGGAAAAGGAACCCGGCCACAUUCGGAUCUUCUCAACCAAAUACUCAUUGAUAAAUUUAAGGCUGAUCUGAAGCAGCGCGCCCACAAACACCAGCAGGUGAGGCGGACGCGUUCAGACCUCGGAGGCCAGAGGCUGCUUCACUGGGAUCCGCGGGCCACGUACAGGCGCCUCAUGACGUCGCCGGUGCCCCUACGGGGCCGGCCCCAAAGCCCCAGGAAGAAGCCGCCGGACGCGCCCGGUGGUGUCACCCUUCGACACGGAAGUCACCGGAGAGGGCAGCUAAGGAGGUCCCUGAGCCAGCCCUUGGACAUUGAUAAGCUGUCUCCGCUGAUGAGGACAAAGAUAUCAGGUGUUCGAGUUGGUGGGCAUGUUCUCAGUGAAGAUGAACACGACGCUCGUCUAGGAACAUCUGACGAUGAGAUUAUGUCUGAUUCCGAAUCAUCUGUAGCUUCUCUAACCGACCGGAAAAAGUCUUUGGAGCUAGCUAUGGAUGAAGAAAUGGUAAUCCUGGCUGAGGCUGUUUUUGAUCAUGUUGCCAUAGAAGCAGAAGAACUAGCUUUUCGAGCCGGUGAUGUGAUAGAGGUGCUUGAGACUGCUAAUAGGGACUGGUGGUGGGGAUCAACAAAUGGAAAAUCAGGUUGGUUUCCAGCCCAAUUCGUACGAUUAAGGGUUAGCCAGGAAGACACCGUCGAAGACUGUCUUGCCGCGAUGGCCUCUGGCCAACACGUAUCGUCUCAAAUUCGCAGACGAACUAGUAUUUCGUUAUUAUCAAAUGACCAAGUUAGAACUAGUGUAGUGCGGGAGUUAGUUCACACGGAACGUGAUUUUGUUAAAGUGUUACAAGACGUUGCGGAAGGUUACAUAUCAGAGUGUCGGAAGCGCAAGGAUAUGUUUAGUGAAGAACAAAUAGAUACGAUAUUUAUUAAUUUAGAAGAUAUAUUAAAAUUUCAGUCUGCUUUUCUAAAAGACCUUGAGGCUUGUAUUGAUUGGGAAGCCCCUUAUAGGAGUUGUGUCGGUGGUUGCUUUUUAAAACAUCGUAGUGGUUUUAAAAUGUACUCGGAUUAUUGCAACAGUCAUCCUAUGGCAACCGCGUCACUACAAGAACUGUAUCAAUACAAUAAUUAUAGUAAAUUUUUUGAAGCCUGUAGAUUAAUGCGAGGCUUAAUCGAAAUACCUUUAGAUGGUUAUCUGUUAACUCCUGUACAAAGAAUUUGUAAAUAUCCCUUACAAUUAGCUGAAUUGUUAAAAUAUACUAAACCCGAACAUGACGAUUUUGAAAACAUCAAGGAAGCGUUAGAUGCUAUGCGUGGUGUAGCCAUGUUAAUCAAUGAGAGGAAGAGGAGGAUGGAAAGUUUAGAAAAAUUAGCUGCCUGGCAACAUCGAGUGGAAGGAUGGGAGGGUGAAGAUCUGAUAGAAGUCAGUUCACAAUUAAUUUAUCAAGGCGAAGUAGUUAGGGUAACGACGGGUAUGUGGACCAAUAAUAUCACAUUGUUUCUUUUUGAUCAUCAAAUUGUCUACUGCAAAAAGGACAUCUUGAAAAGGAAUACUUAUGUGUAUAAAGGUCGUAUAUGUCUAAACACUUCUGAAGUUAUUGAUGUACCUGAUGGAAAAGAUGCACACCUGGGAGUUAGUGUCAGACAUGCUAUAAAAUUAUAUAGCGUAGUGCGGGAUAAAUGGUUAUUAUUUUGCUGUCGCUCACCCAACGACAAGCAGCAGUGGCUGAGAGCUUUCUCUGAAGAGCGUAAACUUGUGGCUCAAGACAAAAACGAUGGCUUAGAAUUCCCUCCCUCAGCUAGGCAACUCGCCAGGUUAGCUGCAAGAUGUCAGAAGAGGCCUCCUCGUAAACCAAGAAAUGGCAAAAAUUAUAAACACGAUUCAGGUUAUAUGGGAUCAACUCUACAGCUAAACUCAAGUUCCCAGAACAAUAAUUCACUAGGCAGAAAAGUAGGAACUUGGUUUACCUUUGGAACACAUAAAAAGACAAGGCAUCAACAUCACGAUGUUUCCUGAGAUAAAACUACUUUACUGUAACACACCAUGCCACGGAACUAUCGCAGUUUCAGUGUAUUUAAGUUAUAAUAACGUAUUAGUGCCAAAAAGAUAGCAAGUGGCAUGUUGGCGACAGUAAAACUUGUUAUGUUAUUGUUAAUGUAUAAUUAUUAUUGCAAUACUAUUGAUCUAUUAGUGAUAUAUGGCUACUGCCAAAUGUGCUGUGCAAGAUAUACAGGUUGUGCUGAUAGUAAAUGUUUAUGUCAAUUGCUGAAUUGUGGAAAUUUUAAAUUAUGUUCUGGUGAAAAUAAGAUUUAGUGUUGUUUGUAUGUACUUAUGUUUUUAGAUGUCCCCAUUUUACUAUAUUCAUUUGUAGUUCCCUUCGUAAAUAUUUUUCAUAACAUUUUACACUAUUACAGUCAUUUGUUUCAAUAAUUUAGAAGCUAAAUCGAACAGUUAAGUUUUUGUUAUUAACGAGUCGAAUAUUUAACCGAACCAAUGAGCGGCGAGCAAAGAACUAAUGAAAAUCUAUGUUUUGUUAUAUACUUUAAGUGUUACUAGAAUAAUGUGUUCUGUUAUUUAUAGAAUGUUGAUUAGAAAUCCCUUAUUGACACUGCAAAUAUGUAUAUUUCCUUUCACAUGCAACAACAGAAUAUCAGUAACAUAUAUCUAAUGUAAAGCUAACAUAUUUAAUGGCAAGUUAAAAACACUUAAAUGUAAUGAAUGCAUUUCUCAUUUCGCGUUAAUUGAAAAUAUUCAUUUCCGAAAUCAGUGCCUAGUAGAAUUAAAUAAUUGAUGUGACAUUUCCAACCAACCAGCUCUGUAUAUACAAUUAAGGCCUAACUGUACAUAUAAAAAUAGGGCCUUUCUAAUACCUUGUACUUUAAACUUCUCUACUAAACUGACUGAUAAUUUUUAUAAUUCUGUAUCCUUCUCACUAUCUGACCCUACAUAUUCAAAAGAGUUAUUACGCACAAUUUUCAUCACCUUACCUAUAUCAGACAGGGUAUUAAAAAAUGUCUAAGCAACCAUUAUUAUCUAAGUUUAGUAUUCAGGUCAAAAUUAAUCAGAAACUUUAUUGAAACUUUACUCUGAACUUUACUAAAUUCGUCAACGUUAACAAAUUUGUACUGAAUACUGAACACUAUUAUUUAAGAAGUAGAAAGAGAUUUGUUAUGGACCAAACAUGUAUGCGUAUGCAAAGAUGUUAUUGUUAUUUGAAUUAUUUUAAAUUAAUUUAGUAUGUAGUGUUUUUAUUAAACAUUU